AGUUUGUAGAUUGCUUCGGAAACCUUUGGUAUUAUAGUACAUUAUUAUGACGUUACUGGAUGCAUUUUUUUUUCAUCUUAUCCUGGCAGUUGGGUUAAGCAUCUUUACGGAAACACGACCUGUUACACUGUACGUCCCAGUGGUACAGUAAUUAAUAUAUAAUACGCCUGAUAAAUGUAACAGCAGUCUAGAAGUUACAGUAUAAUUAUUAGUUUAUUAUAAAUAUAAUAAACCCGAGGCCUGCUUUUUGAGUCUCUCGUUUUGUCCACUCUCUCUCCCUCUCUUUGGCUUUACGAUCUGUCAUCUUAUUUUACACGAGGUUGCCUCGUAGCUUUACUUCAUUGUAAUCUUCUGAAGCGAAGAAAUCACAUCAAACACGUCUUUACCAAGCAGCCACUGUUAACUGAAACAUGCUCACCUAUUUUAACGUGUAAUGGGAAUCGCUAGAGAGAAUUGGAGAGCUAGCUUAAAGCAGAGAAAGUGGACUAAGAGAGCUUUCUUUUAGCAGAGGUGGAAAGCACGCGCCUUGGUGUUUUCUGGAGGUACUGCGGCGUGAGUAAAGCGGGUAUUUCUGGCAAAUGUCAUCUUCCUAUGGGAUAUAUAAGGUAACGGAACAGAAUAACAUUUGGGUUAGGUGACUAAGACUCAAGCUGAAGCACUUGGUCCAGUUGUUUGUCAGCUGCUGGUCUGCCUUAGAUGUUCAAUACCUCGUUAUUCCACAAGAGGGCGGUAUCGUAUUGGUGUGUCCGCUGAGAGAAGUUCCUGCUCUUCUAGACGUCAACCUUAGUGGCUCGCAGGCUUUAAAGUUAUACUCACAUUAUUAAAUGUAUGACCGCUGAUAUUAAUAUAGUUGUAUGACAGAACUCAGUUGGUCACUAAACUAUAACCUAACACAGAGGCACCAUAAACUGUUAAUUGAGGCAGUACCGGGCCAGUCAAGAGCUCUGCAAGGCAAAGGUUCUAUGCACUGCAACCUCCCUUUAUCACUGAAUAUAUUUGAUUUUUUUAAAAUUAGUAAGUAAAGUCAGCAUUACAUGCUGUUACUAAUACGUUUAGCUUAUAUUAUAGUGUGUUUACAGUAUUAGUUUUAUGUUAAGUGUUAUUGCAGCCGAGACUUUGUAAGCCUCCUGUGCAUCACUGUCGCCAUAGCGAGAUGGCUGAAUGUUUGGCAUAGAAACCAGUUCAGGCUUCUUGUUUCGAUGUGGCUUUCUUGCUCUGCAGCUGUCCUCUCGAUGAAGAUUAAAGCGACAGUGACACUACCAAACCAUUACAGUUCAGAUUAGAGGAGAACACUCAAUUCUCUUUCCCCUGUUGGUCCCCUGUAUAAUAUAAAAAAGUGAAUAAAGAGAAAUGAAGUCUGGUCAGAAUCCAUGUUCCAAAAUAUUUGGAAAAGCUUUCAUGUUGCUUUGUAUUAUAUCUAGUAGCUUCUCUAAGCUGCUUGAUUGUUUUUCUGUGCACUGAAAAGCAAUUAGUCCAUCUCCUCUGAACUCUGAGCAUAAUGAUUUGUUUGUCUGUACAAGUUGUGGCUAGGGAGGAGUGGAAUGGCGUGCAUGUGUGUGUGUGUCUGUGUGCGUUUCCCAGGGCUGUUCCCCAGACCGUCAGCUGAUAGAGCAGCAGUGGUAGUGUUGGGUUUCAUCAUGCUGUUUAUUCCCCAGUCUUCACUGUGAGUGAAAACAGGGAGGGGACUUUGCUCUUCGGGCGUGUGUGUGUGUGUUUGCUGUGGUGCUGACAUCUCUAGACUCGGUAUAAGGCACACAGAGGCACUGUAUGUCCCCACAGGGUAAAAGCACAUCAGCUCCCCUCUACCCUUCCCCUCUGUCAUCCCCGCACCCCCUUCAAUUUCUCUUCACCUCCCCAACACAGCCUGAGGCGUCUCUGUUGUGAAUUCAGCCAACUGCAUCAACAUCAGAGGAGAAUAAUCGCUGGCUGUGUGACUGCGCCGCACUCUUGUUAUUUAUUUCUUUGUUUUGUCUUGUUUUGGGUUGUUUUUUUUCCACCCUCUAGUUUGUUUCUUCUCUUGUCGCUCUCUUCUGGUUCCUCUUUCACCUCCGGCCACAUACUGCGACACUGACUGCCAAAGACAGAUGACCCAAGCUUGGCAUGUGUCUGUGUGUGUUUAUAUAUGUGGGUGUGUGCGUGUGUGUACCAGGAGUGGUGUGGUCUGGUUCUAACCCGGUGCUAUUAAUACACCCUAAUGAACAUAAUCUGGAGGGCAGGUUAUCCUCUUAUGUUUGUUGGCUGGGCGUCUAAUGGGAGGAGCAGCGAGUUAGUGAAAGAGGAGGGAAAUGCUGUGCUGUAGUUUCACACUGAGUGCGCCUCCUCUACCAAGCUGCAGUGCCUUCUCUCUCGCUCUGUUGAGAGAAUGGAAGAAAUAGAAAGCUAAGCAAAUGUUUAAAGUUUCGUUUCUCAUCCAAGCCGAUUCCCAUGUAUAUUAACCACCUUCUGUCGCCACCUCUCUGGAUGUGAUGCUCCAGAGAGGAGCGCUGUUAAGUGUGUGUUUGAGUGCAUAUGAAUAUGUACACUGAGUAUACCGGCUGACAAUAGUAUAGGUUUAAAACACAACUUUUGGAGUACAAACACUGGAAGCUUCCCAGUUAUGAACACUCUACCAGCUUACUCAGGAGCUAGAAUAUCUGGCUGUUGGACGCUAAGAUCUGAUGGCAGGUAAGUGCAUUUUAUUUCCUUUAAUGUACUCCUUAGGUGACCUGGGCAACUUUAUUCCUGUCUGUAGUUUAAAUGUCCUUAAAAUGUGUACAGCUAAUGCUUUUAAAAGUCUGGAUAAACAGGAAAGACAACUCCAAGUCGAAGCUCACUUGUUUAUACCUUCUAGGUUUUUGUCUACAUACUUUAGGAAAUGUGGCACCUUUUAAGUGCAAACGUGAUGUGAGGAACCGUAAAGUUUUUUUUAAACUGAGAAUUUUACACUGACAUUACAGUAGUGUUACGUACUUGUACAUACUCGUUUUUUAUGAAAUCUUGUUGGACAAAUGAACAAGCUGAUGUGAAACAGUAGUCACUUUAUGCAGCUAGGUUGUGUUAAUUUACUCUUUGUGUGAGCCAUUGUGGAGAAAGUAAAGAAAAACAUGUCGCUUUACUGACAUUAGAUGUGACGUUGCGUCUUGAUUUGCUGCUAAUAUUAUCCUUCAAUCUGCUGCCCAUAAGGCUUAGAUGUCUGCUUCAUAAGGGCCUUCUCAGGUACCCCACACUAUAACUUCUUAUCACAAAGGUGCAUUCAUGUAAUGUUUUGAAGCACUGGGUACUGUAAGUGUAACCACAGAACAAGGACAUGAUUCAGCACAGUCAGCUAAGCUAAUCUUUUAUUGCACACUAGUUGGGUUUUAACUGAUAACCAUACUUCAGUGAGCUAUGUCCCGCGCACGCUCUCAGCAGUCUCCCACUCUGCUCCCUGGCUCCCUCUAACCAGGUGACCCUGGUGAGAUAAGAUAAAUCUUUGUUCUCUCUUGUUUGCUCCUCUUCUGAGCUCCUGGCAGUCCACCUGGGCAGGUAUAUGACCUAUAUAAAUGUGUGGAGCCUGACAGUUGACUGGAAAACAGAGGAAGAUCUAAGACUUGUUUAUUACAAACGCCGCUAUAGUUAUGGCCGCUGGCUUUUUACAGUCUUCACUGGGUGAAGUGUGGAUGGCUCGGAUAAUGCAGUAAGUGUUCCAACUGUUGCUCAGUUAGGCAUACCGCACACAGAUGUUACGUUGUAUUUGUUAAACAAUGAACGCAGCAGUUGUUUUCAUGAUGAUUGUGGGCGGCAAUCGUUGAGCGACUUUAGAUUGCUUCGCUAAUCGAGUGGCAUUUUCCUAAAAAAGCAAUAUUUUGUUUAUCAAACGUCAGCGGCACAGCAGAUUCUUGAGACGCUGACAAAAUAGAGUUAUGUAAGAGAAGUGAGGCUGUUGUUUUAGAGGAAGUAAUAGAGAGGUUGCUCACCAAUCUGCUCGACCAGUUCUUUGUACCAAGUUUUUUCUCUGCUCUGAAUUCCAGUUACUCACAACUGCCGAAUGAUUUGUAAAGGCACAACAUUAAACUUAGUCAUUAUAGGUUAAGUAACUUACAAUAGUGAAAGAGUAGCCCAUAUGUGCAGCUCUUUGCAGUUUAGACACAAAACUCUUGCAAUGGGUAUUACAUAAAUUUCUUUCUUAAUUUCUUCUAUCUUAUAGAACAGAUGAGAGACCAUCAGGUGUAGUUUGAAUAAGUCAAUGCAAAUUCGCUCCAUGCCUCGCUCGCCUUGUACCUGUUUUGAAUUGGCUUGUUGUCAUUUGUUUAUGAGGGCCUUUUUAUCUUGCUGGUUGUGAUGGCACAUUCUUCCAGCAAUCUUUUCGCUCGUAAAACUGAUCACAGGACUAUUCGAUUAGUUGAAUCAACAUUUCUCCACUUCUAACAUGUUCUGUAGGUGUUUUUAGGUACUGUAACCACCUGCUUUUCUAGCAUGCUGUCUUUCCAGUGGCGGAUACCUGAUCCUUUCAAUUGGUAAAAUACAAUGGACUAUGAAAACACAAUCCAUCACUUUGACUCUAUAAUUCUCUUAUGGUUAUGGGGAGCUUUAGAUGUAAUAUAUUAUACCAUCUGUACAUUAGUACCUGCAGCAGUUACACUGGACAAGACUGGACAAAGUUGACAGGUUGAAAAAUUAACCAGUGACAGGAGGGAAAAUGCUACACUGCUGUUUUGUUGGUAACUAACUGGGCCGCCUUUCUUUAGUCAAUCUGUUCAUCCAUUGCAUGGUUACAUGCCACAAACAAUGUCUGUCUCUGUGUGUCUAAUGUGUCACCGGGCAUUAGAUACAAGGGGACAACAAGGCUAUACCAAAUAAGAGAUUGCCAUUUCAGUGGGACUGAUCCUGUAUAUUACAUUGGUAUGUUAUUGCCUUGAUUCUGUUGUUUUACCUCGUUACCUUUCCAUGAACGCUCACCGAUGUUAGAAGUUGAAAUCAUGACACAGCACAUUCGGGUUCAGUGUGUCUUACUAUAUACAGGUGGAGAAGAUGUGAUGAUGGAGAAUGUUGGCGUUAUACUGCUACGCAAAAGGUUUUAUGAAACCCAGAAAAAUGCAGUGACAAGAAGGAAAGUUGAUUCCUGUGUACCAGAGAGUAAUGCCAUGUUUCUCAUCUGCAGUGGAGGUGGCGAGGGGUCACUCGACCGUCUCCUCCCCUCGGUAAGCACAGGCCUCUCGCCCAGGAAAAGGACAACCAGCCAGUGUAAGUCAGAGCCUCCUCUGCUACGCACCUCCAAACGAACAAUCUACACUGCUGGUCGCCCACCCUGGUACAACGAGCAUGGAACACAGUCCAAAGAGGCAUUUGUCAUUGGCCUGUGUGGUGGCAGCGCUUCAGGAAAGACAACUGUAGCAAGGAAAAUCAUAGAAGCUUUAGAUGUACCCUGGGUUGUUCUACUCUCAAUGGACUCUUUUUACAAGGUCCUGUCCCCAGAGCAGCAGGCAAUGGCUGCCAGUAACGACUAUAACUUUGACCACCCAGAUGCCUUUGACUUUGAUUUGCUGACACACACCUUGCGCAAACUCAAACAGGGCAAGAGCGUGAAAAUCCCUGUGUAUGACUUUACAACUCACGGGAGACAAAAGGACUGGAAAACAGUUUAUGGAGCCAGUGUUAUCAUCUUUGAGGGAAUCAUGGCCUUUGCAGAUAAAGAACUGUUGCAGUUGCUGGACAUGAAGAUCUUUGUGGACACAGACUCUGACAUCCGCCUGGUGCGCCGAUUGAGGAGGGACAUUACAGAAAGGGGCCGAGAUAUCGAGGGGGUCAUCAAGCAGUAUAACAAGUUUGUUAAGCCAGCUUUUGAACAAUACAUUGAGCCUACCAUGCGACUGGCUGAUAUCGUGGUGCCACGUGGAGGUGGCAACAUGGUGGCAAUCGACUUGAUCGUACAGCAUGUUCACAGUCAGUUGGAGGAGAGGAAACUUCGCUGGGAUAUGGCAGCCCUGGCUUCUGCACACCAGGCCCAACCCCUCCCCCAGACCCUCAGCGUUCUGGAGAGCACACCUCAAGUCAGGGGCAUGCACACCAUCAUCAGAAACAAGGAGACCAGUCGCGAUGAGUUCAUCUUUUACUCUAAGAGGUUGAUGCGGCUGCUGAUUGAGCGAGCCCUCUCCUUCCUCCCCUCACAGGUCCACAUAGUGCAGACCCCCCAGGGAGAGGAUUACGAAGGCAAGACUUUCCACGGAAAGAGGAUCACAGGGGUGUCCAUCCUGAGAGCCGGGGAGACCAUGGAGCCGGCUCUGAGGGCCGUAUGCAAAGACGUCCGCAUCGGCAAGAUCCUCAUCCAGACCAACCAGGACACUGGAGAGCCAGAGCUCCAUUAUCUUCGUCUACCGAAAGACAUCAGUGAGGACCACGUGAUUCUAAUGGACUGCACUGUGUCCACUGGAGCUGCUGCCAUGAUGGCCGUGCGAGUCCUGCUGGAUCAUGAUGUUCAAGAGGACAAGAUCCUGCUGGUUUCUUUGCUCAUGGCUGAAAUGGGAGUCCAUUCUGUUGCUUACGCGUUCCCGCAGGUCAAAAUCAUCACCACGGCUGUCGACAAGAAAGUCAACGAUCUCUUUCACAUCAUACCUGGAAUAGGAAACUUUGGAGAUCGGUAUUUUGGAACAGACGCACCGCCUGACUGGAGUGAUGAAGACAUGGAUGAGCCCAGUUACUAAAUCAAUUGCUGUCAGUUGACUUACUUUUUGAGAGUCAGGGCUGUGCUCCUGGACGAUAUGAAGACAUACCAUUUGCCCCCGUAUGGCUGCUGUUGAAAAAAAAGAGACUAAAGAGAAGAAAAAUGUUGCUUAUUUGUAUCUGUUUGGUUUUUUUUAAAUAAUGUUAUUUAAAUUUGUGUUAAAUAUAUUUUUAUUUGUACAGAAUGUAAUAAGGUCAGAGCGUUUUAGCACUUAAAUUGUGACAAUCUCUAUCGACUUCUGCAGAAAUGUUCUGAAAAGAUUUUUCUAGCCUUAAACCAUGUACUGUGGACGACACAACUGAAUGUGAAAUUGCAUGUGACAUAAAAGGAAAAGAAAGAAAAAAAAGAAGUAAACUUUUUAAGGUUAUUUUUUACCACGCACCUUCCUCACAACUUUCACAAAAGUAAAAUCAGAACAUGAACUCAUGUUGCUCAACUUCCAUCGCCAUGAGCACUUUCUGAAGGACCAUUCAAUCGGAAAAUGUGUAGGUGUAUUUUUUUUUGUCUCUCUCUUUUUUUUUUUUAGCUCACUGGUUCACUCUUUUCCUUCUCUGUGGAUGCUGACCUAACCAGUUGAAAAGGAUGUUGAAAAGCAUUUUUCAUUAUACGGCUUUAAGUGCGUACUUGUGGUGCGUAUUUAUGCAGAAUGUCGCUCAUUUGCAUAUUUUUUUACUAUGGAUAGUCCUGACCAGUCAGCGAGCAACUCGUACGUCUUUUUGUUGCAGUAAAAAUGGGUCAUCUUCAUUUAUGUGAAGUGUUUAUUUUAGUCCCUCAGAUCCCAAUUUAUCCCUCCAUUAUUUCAUUUUUUUCAGCAGCCCAUCAGAUUGUUUGUUCAAAAACGGCUUUUGUGGACAUAUGAACUCCAAAUAUCCAAAGGUCACAAAGAGUCCUGAUAGUGCCUCAUCUUUAAACUGUCACGCUAAAAAUGAAUGAGAUCUGUCAAUGCCGUUGCCUGUUUAACAUUUCCUUACUGUUUGCUGAAAAUGAUGCUUUAGUUUGCCAAACACGAGGCGCUUCGCUUCAUCCUUGCGGGUAUACGAGUCCGGGUUAUUUGAGGAAAGUCUAUAAACUUCUGAUAUUAUAAACCGGGCCAUAAUUACCAUUACACAGUGUUCAGUUUAACAACAUUUUCUAUUUUUUCGCAGUCAUUUGCUUUUUUGAGGAAAGGAUUCAUAAAACAACAAAGGAAAAAACAAAAACAUUGCACUGAAACUGUAAAUCUGUUCUGUUCACCUUUAAAUAUUAAUUAUGUGUUAAUGUACAUUAAGUGUGCACGGGUAUGAACCGAUUGUGUUAUGUAGCCUCAUUGGGUUUUACUCAUCUGCAUGUUUUGAUUUUAAUUCUUUUUGGGACUUUGUUUGGUUUUGUUUUGCUUUUUUUUUUAAAUAUUGAAUAAAAGUGCAAUACAACUUUUAAACUGCUCACAGUUUAUUUAUGCGAAAUGUGAAUUUCAGAAUCUAGUAUUCUGCCAGCUCCCACGACUUAUCUGAAAAUAUUCUCCACUCUGGCUGAUUAAAAUACACCUGCAAAAACAUAAAGCAGGGUGAAUAUUUCUACCUUUAUCAACACAUUUCGAGAACGAGAGACACAUUACCUACACUCAAUGAACAGGAAGGAUAUUGUGGUUGUCCUCUUCUCAUGGAAAGUAACCUUGAUAUCUUCCAUCACUUUCCAUAAUUAUCACUCUGACAGCUGUCAAGAUGUCAGCCGCAGUAAAGUGUGAUUGACGUGCAUUUCAUGAGGCUGAUGGACAAUUACAAAUCAGCAGCCUCUUGGGCAGAUAUCAACACACAUGAAGCAUCGUGUUUUCUUUCUUUCUUUUUUUUAGAAGGCAGGAGGACAGUCAAAAGACAUGCAAGAGAUACAAAUAUCAAGAAGCUGAGCAGCAACAUUUGUAUACUUGUUUGGUUCUUCAAAAUAUCAGCCGAUUUUAAAGGUUUUCAGCAAAGGUUAAGUAGGCUCUGAAAUGAGCUAAUGUGCUAAACUGGCUUAAAUUUGAAACAAUCUGGUCCUUUCUGCUGCUUGAUCAUGAUGAUGACAAGUGUAUUUUAAAAAACCGGCAUAGAUGUGUUUUAUUCCACAUGACUAAAUGCUUGAAAACUUCAGAUUGGUCCUCUGAAUGAAGAUGUCAGUGGAAAGUUUACCACCAGCACUGACAAACAGGAAGGUAGUGUGUCUAUGUGUGCGUCUGUGCGUGUGUGAGUUGCAUCCCCAUUGGUAGUACAGAGCAUGAUGAGGUCACAGCUUGGUAGAGACAGCAGGGGUGGCCGUUAAAACUCAGCGACCUGUGUUUCUUUUUCAUCCUUAUGUCACCAGCUUCUAACUCCAGGUUGCUGUGCUCUCUUCCUGUGUGCCUUCUUUUGGUCUUGACUUUGAAUGAAGAUGAAGCUUGCCUCCCUGUCUUGCUUGACUGGGUCUGAGGAGUCUGCCAUGUGGGUAAGGACUGCACAGAGGAGACUAUGAAAGCUCUUCCACACAAUGAGACUUUCCAAAGUUGUUGUAAUUACGCUUGAGAAAUCGUGGAAAGGAACCGUGUUUUUUUCAUGGUUGUUAUUUGUUUGGUUAAAGUGUUAUCUGGCAGUGAGUGCGUCUGGGUUGUAAAUGUUGAAGAGAUGGUGUGAGUAGGCCAGCACAGAGCAGUAGCUUAAUGCGGAGAGUAGAGGAUGAAUAAUUCAGACGAUGAAGUAUUUCUGAAUCAUGUGAAGAGGGUUUAGAUUAGUCUGUUGAAGAGGGUAAAGUAUUGUCUUUCCCUUUCGCUCCCUCCUUCUCCUUUCACUCUCUCGCUCUGUGUGUGUGUGUGUGUCUUCCCCUCCACUCUCCAUCUGCAUAGUUUAUCAUGAGAGUAAAAAUUCUAAGAGACUGGACUGUCCUCAUAAAGUCAGGCCAGGGUGAUUUAGUUGUUUUUAGUAUGAGUUUUAGUUUGUGCAUUAAGCUCCGUUGCCUGAGUGUUUAAUUGCUCUCUGAGUGGUUUUAGUGCAAGUUAGCUAACAACAGGGGCCAGAUGUGGUGUUAAUCUAUGGCUGGAGUUUCUGACUGAGAAAAAUGGCACAAAUGUGAGGCAGAUAUGUUGUUUGAAUGCUUUUCACUGUGGCAGUGUUUGCCAUCAGGUUAAAAACUUGUAUUCUACCGAAAUGAGCUAUGAUGAAUCGCUGUAUGCGUCGCUGCUUUAAACACAAUAACAUAUAUAGAUCACAAGAAAAGGAAUUAAAUUGUGUAACCACAAUAAACUUAAUGUGACGUUGUUUCCAUUAAUAGCUUUUCAAGCGUUUUUUAAAUUUCUCAGUUUUAGUCUCGCUGGGUGGUUGCCUGUGGCGCCAAAAUUACACCCUUUAACUAUACAGGUGGCUAACAAAUGAUUUACUUUUUAGAUUUUCAAUUAGAUCUUUGUUUGGUUUUGCUUUUGGAGUUGCUUUUUGAUUUUAUUUCAUAUGUAUUUAAUAAUCCUGCAGGAAAUAAGAACAACACCACAAAAUGGAAUCCAAUCAAUAAACCUGCUGUACUGACAUUCUUAUGUUUAGCUUUAGAAAAAAAAUCUACCUUUGGGUGAUAUUUAGUUCAGAGCAAUUAGAAAUGUUGGUGGUCAAAAUAUUAUUGCUGCAAAAUAUGAUUUCAGCUCUCCACCACGAGGUCAUACAGUAGAUAUUUGUGGCUCUGAAUUAUGGAAAAACAGCUCACUAGAAUAUCCAUCAACAGGUGUAUAUUUCCAGAUGUGUAAUCACAUGUGGAGUGUUAUCAUAGACACAUUCUCAUCUUUUCUUUGUCAAGUAAUUUUAUUUUUGUACACAUUUGCCUUCAGCGUGGACUCUGCGUGCGGCGGCUCGCAGAGCGGCCUGAACAACACAUCCGGUCCCGCUUUAAAUCUUGAGUAGUCCUUUCAAGGACUGUCCAACCUGAGAAUGGUGAUUAUAGGCUCAAUCUCAGGUUCGUCAGCCCAUGAAAUGCUAACUCGCCUCAGCAAAGUAUGAGAAGGAACACCAAAAAGAGCCCAAACCUUCCUGGACCGUGCUGGAAUUUGGUUCCCGCACCAAGAUUUUGAAUUACCUGCUGAGGACGCUGACAAUCACAAGCUUUAUGUCUCUUUAUUGCAUGGCUAAAAACUGAAAAACACAAAGAUCCUUCGUGUUUUCUUAACUCAACGGGAAUAUUGCAAUCUAACAGCAAAGAAACCCCUUACUAAGUUCAUUAUGAGCUAUAUUAAAGAUGGUUUGACAGGUCACUUUUCCUCAAACAGAAAUAUAUUGUCAUAAUAUUAAUGUUGAGUUACAGAAUACAACAGCUUCUUUCAGUAAUUAUUAACCAGUAGAGGGAGCAAUGCACACAGUAACCAAAAACCAGAGGCUGUUGCUUCUUGUGGAAAUUGUAUUAAGAAUGUUUAUUUUAAUCAAAUCUAAAUGUUCCUAUUCAGUAAUUCUGUUUUAAUGUCUUCAUGAAGUAGUCGUUGCUCUUUAAAUGUUGAGGACAAACACUUUUUUCAAAUAUGGUCAAAUAGCAUUAGACCCAAAGUAAAAUAUACUCUCAGUAUGUUUUAUUAUUAAUAAUGUAAGCGCAUGUGCUUUCUCUUCUAAAAUACUGAAGAAAAAUCCACCUCUGAUGAUCCAGAAUGAUCUAGAAUCUUGUUUGCUCCGAUAAAGCAAAAAAUCUUCCUCUUGUUCGACAACUUGACAUCUCUGUUAACGUUCAAGUUGUCUCCGAUUUUUUUAAAGAGAAUGCAUGGCUGAGAAAUGUAAAAGAUGCUUUAAAAAACUUGAGAAUUAUAUUCAAAGUGUAAGUGAUGCCUGCAUAUUGUAAAUGGGUUGCACAAGCUCAUAAAAACAAAAUUGGGCCGCACUUACCUUUUUUGCAUUAUUAAUAUUUUUUGUCAUCAAUUCUGUAGAAAAACAUUAAAAACACUUUGAAUCUGUAACUAAAGUAGAAUUAUAUUUAUUACUGUUUUACAAAAAAUAUCUAACUGUUCCCUUUUCUUUGAUUUUGAUUUAUAUAAUCGAUACAGUGAGUAAAGUGGCUAAUAUCCCUGAAGACAAAUCAGUGCACCAACUCAGUAGUUUAUUUGCCUGUUUGGCACACAAAUGUAGUUCAGCACGUUCUGAAUCAUCUUGCUUAAAGCAGAAUCUUAACCGAAACGGUAAUCGAUCAACAAUAUAAAAAAAAUAUUGUAAUAUUUUAAACUAAACACGCCCAAAUAAAAUGAAUUAAUUGUAACUGGACUUGGAAACUGUCAGUGAAAUAUGUAAGUCUUUAAAAAGGAUUUAUUUCUCUUAAAUUAGUUAAGAUAUUUACUCACUGUAUCAUUUCCAGCGUGUUUACUACAGAUGCAGUACCCCAAUUUAAUAAUCUGUAAUUCAAUAAACCCCCCAAUUUUUUAGAUCGUUCUCCACUCAGCUUGUAAGAUUGCUCCCUUGAGAUGUCUCAUUUGUUUUUUUGCACAUUUCUAAAACUUUGAAUAAAAUAAGAUUUCUUAAAAAUAUUUUAAUGGGAAAUUGCACUGAGGAUAUUUUAGACCCAGGACACACAUCUUUUAAAAAUGACCACAUUAAAUGUAUUUCUUGUGAGUUAUGUACAGUACCAUGUACUCGCCUUCAUAGUUUUAUAAUCUUCUGAUUUACUGAAAUGAAUAAGUAAUUUGAUCUAAAACCUAUAGGGAAAAAAACCUAUAAUUGAAAUCAGAAUACAUGUGAUCAAAUCUUUUUAAACUAACAGUAUUUUCUAGCUCUAUUUUAACUAUCCCAGCAACUGCAAUUGCAUAUAUAAUAUAUAUAUAUAAUAUAUAUAUA